CACCACUUUCUUUGCAGAUUAUUGCUUCACUCUUUCAGCGAUAUCUCGCGUUCCAUUCUUUCCGACCCUGUGUCUCUCGUUCCUUAUCUCUACGCUGCGAAAACGAAGGUGCCAAAACAAAGCAAACACACUCCUUAAUCAAUACUACAAGCACCAGAGUACUCUGCACGCCAUCGAUACGCCGUAACGAAACACUAUAACCAAUAUCAUAAUGAUGAACAUCAACCUUCUCAAGCGUGACGACGACGAGAACAUGGGACCCACACAUCUCGCCCUUGUCGCUUUCCUUCUGAUGAUGGUCCUGCUUUGCCUGCUGUGCAUCGGAGGCCUCAUAUUCCUACGCAGCCUCCGCAAAGGCAGGAAGUUUGCAGAGACGGAACCAGAACUACCCAUCUACGAAAAACGACAAUCAAAUCUUAAUGGCUUGACCAUAACGGCCAUGCCAUACAAGGGCAGAGAGUCCGUCAUCACCUACUCAGAGAAGCAGGGCCUGAUGGACAGCCCACCCACCAGCCCGGUUCCCGAGAUCCGCAUCACAUUCCCCGACGAGGUUGACGAGUCUGGCAAGCAGCAAUCAGGCCGCGUAGUCGUAGUGCGUGUUGGAGACCACAGCGUUGGACUGGAGCCCGUAAACGACAACCUACCCCCAUACCAGCGCGACGCAUCAGAUCGCUUCGACUCGCUCGACCUGGAUCGCAUUGGUGGACUCAAGGAGAAGAACGACAAGUACUACUCAUAAACACCUCCAUACCAUGUCAACCCCCGGCCAGACCCUUGGUACAAACGAGUUUGGCAGCCCGGGAUUUCCAGCCAUUUGGCUACGACCGACUUAUUCUCGAUGACGGCUUUAUCACGCUGAUUGCCAGCCCCUACAACAUCCUGCCGAAGACAUGGAACAACCGGCUACGGCGUACCAUUUCUGUAUAUUCUCGGAGCUGAAUGGCCUAUUUGCUGUAUACCCUGAUUGGUCAUCUCUUCAACGAGGUUGUUGUGCCUCUUACAUAACUCUUAUUCAAUAAUUUAUGAUAUCUCAAACUCUCUCUAGCGUCUGUGUAGAACAGCACGAGAGCCAAUACAACCUUUUGUCAACG